AUGAGCGUGAAUGAUGCGGGAGGCAGGCGCCGCUUGGAGGACAGCGACUUCACGCUGCACAUCUACCCUGGCAGCAUUGCCCAGGGCACCAUCUACUGCCCCAUCGCCGCCCGCAAGACCUCCACCGCUGCCGAGGUCCUCGAGUCGCUCAUCGACAGGCUGCGGCUGGACAAGACCAAAUGCUACGUGCUGGCCGAGGUGAAGGAGUUCGGGGGGGAGGAAUGGAUCCUCAACCCCUCCGACUGCCCGGUGCAGCGCAUGAUGCUGUGGCCCCGCCUGGCCCUGGAGAACCGCAGCAGCGGCGGCGAGGAUUACCGCUUCCUGCUGCGGGAGAAGAACCUGGACGGCUCCAUCCACUACGGCAGCCUGCAGUCCUGGCUGCGGGUGACGGAGGAGCGGCGCCGCAUGGUGGAGCGAGGCCUCCUCCCCCAGCCUCCCCACAGGGACUACAACGACCUCUGCGGCCUGCCCGACCUCACCGAGAAAACGCUGCUGGAGAACCUCCGCAACCGCUUCAAGCAGGAGAAGAUCUACACCUACGUGGGCAGCAUCCUCAUCGCCAUCAACCCCUUCAAGUUCCUGCCCAUUUACAACCCCAAGUAUGUCAAGAUGUACGACAACCACCAGCUGGGCAAGCUGGAGCCCCACAUCUACGCGGUGGCGGACGUGGCAUACCACGCCAUGCUGCAGCGCCGCAGGAACCAGUGCAUCGUCAUCUCUGGGGAGAGCGGCUCCGGCAAGACCCAGAGCACCAACUUCCUCAUCCACCACCUCACCGCCCUCAGCCAGAAGGGCUUUGCCAGCGGGGUCGAGCAGAUCAUCCUGGGAGCGGGACCCGUGCUGGAGGCUUUUGGCAAUGCCAAGACAGCUCACAACAACAACUCCAGUCGCUUUGGCAAGUUCAUCCAAGUCAAUUACCAGGAGACAGGCACUGUGCGAGGAGCUUAUGUUGAGAAGUACCUCCUGGAGAAGUCCAGACUGGUCUACCAGGAGCACAACGAGAGGAACUACCACGUGUUUUAUUACCUGCUGGCAGGAGCCAGCGAGGAGGAGCGCUCAGCCUUCCACCUGCAGCAGCCUCAGGAGUAUCAUUAUCUCAACCAGAUGGCAAAGCAAGCCCUCAGCCAGAGCUGGGGCGAUGGUUGCUAUGACUCUGACCCUGACUGCUUCUCGGUGGAAGGGGAGGACCUGAAGCACGACUUUGAGCGGUUGCAGCUGGCCAUGGAGAUGGUGGGGUUCCUGCCCAGGACACGCAGACAGAUUUUCUCCCUGCUGUCGGCGAUCCUGCACCUGGGCAACAUCCGCUACAAGAAGAAGCCUUACAGGGACGACUCCAUCGACAUCUGCAACCCGGAGGUGCUGCCCAUUGUCUCAGACCUGCUGGAGGUGAAGGAAGAGAUGCUCUUUGAGGCCCUGGUUACCAGGAAGACAGUGACAGUGGGAGAGAAGCUGAUCCUGCCCUACAAACUAGCAGAGGCUGUGACUGUGAGGAACUCCAUGGCCAAGUCCCUGUACAGUGCCCUGUUCGACUGGAUCGUCUUCAGGAUCAACCAUGCCCUCCUCAGCCCCAAGGACAUGGAGGAGAGCACCAAGACUUUAUCCAUUGGGGUUCUGGACAUUUUUGGGUUUGAGGACUAUGAAAACAACAGUUUUGAACAAUUCUGCAUUAACUUUGCCAACGAGCGCCUGCAGCACUACUUCAACCAACACAUCUUCAAACUGGAGCAGGAGGAGUACAGAGCAGAAGGGAUUAGCUGGCACAACAUUGACUACAUAGACAACUCCAGCUGCAUCAACCUCAUCAGCAAGAAGCCGACUGGCCUGCUCCAUCUGCUGGAUGAGGAAAGCAACUUCCCUCAAGCCACAAACCAAACACUGCUGGACAAGUUCAAGCGUCAGCACGAGGGCAACUCCUACAUCGAGUUCCCGGCGGUGAUGGAGCCAGCGUUCAUCAUCAGGCACUAUGCAGGCAAAGUCAAGUAUGGAGUGAAGGACUUCCGUGAGAAGAACACGGACCACAUGCGGCCGGACAUUGUGGCGCUGCUGCGCGGCAGCAAGAGUGCCUUCAUCUGCGGCAUGAUCGGCAUCCACCCCCUGGCUGUCUUCCGCUGGGCCGUCCUCAGGGCCUUCUUCAGGGCAGGGGUGGCCUUCAGGGAGGCUGGGAAGAGAUACCUGGAGAAGAAAAGCGGGCAUGAUGAUGCAGUGCCAUGUGCCGUUUUGAAAAGUGUGGAUAGUUUUAGCUUUCUCCAUCACCCAGUUCACCAGAGGAGCUUAGAGAUCCUGCAGAGGUGCAAGGAGGAGAAGUACAGUAUCGCUCGGAAGAGCCCCCGGACACCGCUCUCGGACCUGCAGGGAGCCAACACCAUCCAGGAGCGGAGCCAGCGGGACGCCUACGGGGGCUGGCCCGGCCGGCUGGGGUCGCGGCACGGGCGGCUGGGUGGCUCCGGCGCCCUGCUGGACAAGGAUGGGAUCUUCGUCAACACCACCAACAGCAAGCUGCUGGAGAGGGCCCACGGCAUCCUCAUGCGAAAUAAGAACUUCAAAGCCAAACCAAAUCUGCCAAAGCACAUGCUGGAUGUGAAAUCCCUCAAGCACCUCACCAACCUGACGCUGCACGACCGCAUUACCAAAUCCCUGCUCCACCUCCAUAAGAAGAAAAAGCCACCCAGCAUCAGUGCUCAGUUCCAGGCAUCACUCAACAAGCUGAUGGAGACCCUUGGCCAAGCAGAACCUUACUUUGUCAAAUGCAUUCGAUCCAACGCUGAAAAGCUGCCCCUGCGGUUCAACGACAGCCUGGUGCUGCGGCAGCUGCGCUACACAGGGAUGCUGGAGACCGUUCGCAUUCGCCAGUCAGGAUACAGCUGCAAAUACUCCUUCCAGGAUUUUGUGAACCGUUUCCAUGUCCUCCUGCCCCAGGGGAUCACUCCCUCUAAACACAACAUCCAGGACUUCCUCCGGAGGAUGAAGCUCGAUCCAGACAACUACCAAGUUGGAAGAACAAUGGUGUUUGUGAAGGAGAGGGAGCGGCAGCUGCUACAGGACCUGCUGCACCAGGAGGUGCUGCGCCGCAUCACGCUGCUGCAGCGCUGGUUCCGCAGCCUGCUCUGCAGGAGGCAGUUCCUCAGCCUGAGGCAAGCCACAGUCACCAUACAGAGGUUUUGGCGGAGCUACCGGAGCCGAAAGGAAGGGGAACCCCCCCCAGACCCUCUUGUGCUGGGCAAAGCUGCCGUGGUGCUGCAGAGCCACUGGCGUGGCUUCCUGGAGAGGAGGAGGUUCCUGCAGAAGCAGCUGGCUGCCCACUUGAUCCAGAGCUGCUGGCGGGAGCACCGCAGGCGCCGCCAUGCCGCCGCCAGCGCCAUCCAGGCAGCCUGGCGAGGGCACCGCACCAGGCUCCGCUACGCCGCCGGCAGGGCCACGCUCAUCGGCCUGCAGGCAGCCUGCAGGGGGUACCUGGCACGACAGAGGUUUAGAGCUUUGAAAGAGCAGCGAUUAAAAGAGGUGCAGCUGGAGAACGGCCUGGCAGGUAGAGACGAGGAUGGACUGGAGGUAGAUGCUGCUCUGGAGAUCAGGGGCUCUGACCCAUCCCAGUGGGAGGACAGCUCGUUUGAAGAGCGAGUGAGAGCUGUGGAGGAGCACAAGUCCCUGAUGGAGAACAGCCGAGUGAAUCACCUGGAGCCCCUGGACGCCACUGCAGACCUCCUGUACCCAAGGCACGAGAGAGCCAGCAGCCAGAGCGGGAUGGACACCGAGGAGGAGAUCACUGUGAGGGAGAGGCCGAAGUCGCUGGAGGACCUCAACCAGAAGAGAGUGGUUCGUGCGAAAAGGGAGAGCCGGAGGAUGCGAGAGCUGGAGCAGGCCAAGUUCAGCCUGGAGCUGCUGAAGGUGCGCUCCACAGGGGGCAUGUCCCCUUCGGAGGAGCGGCGCUGGUCCACCGAGCUGCUGCCUGAGGCACUGCAUUCCCCUCAGGGAACCCCCGAGAGUGAGAGCUCUCAAGGGAGCUUUGAGAUGUUAAGCUGUGAAGAUCCCCCAAGUAACAAACUCAUUUCCUUGCUUUCAGAGGAGCCAGAGGCGCAGUCCUUGCCCGCUGACUCUUUACCUAGCAGUCCCCAGGCCCACCUGCAGGAGAGGUCUUUCUGUGCAGCAGAUGUCAACAGCGGUUUGCCUGCUUGCAGAAGGAUGCCCUCAGACUUGGAGGUGGCUGAUGUGCUCCCUGGGAGGGAGCGCGUGGUUGGGGACCCUCAGAAUGCUGCCCACAAGGCACAUGCAAAGGAAGCCUUCCUCUCCAGCAACCUGCCUACCUUCUACAUCCCACCACAAGACAAGGUGAAGCUGGUGGAGGAUAGCUUGAGGAAGAGAGCAGCAGAACGAGAGGAGAGGACACUUACGUGCUCUGAGGUCAGGAACGACUCUGAGCCAGGCCGGGGCAGAGCCUUGGGAGAGGAGGAAGAGAAGUCCUCCAAGGGAAGAGAGGAGCGUGGGGCAGCAACUGCAGCACACUCCCCAGACUCUGUCAUCAGGAGACUGGAAAAGCUCAAUGUGGAGAAGGAGGAACGGCAGAAGCAGCUCCAGCUGCAGAACGAGAGGGAGAUGAUGGAGCAGAUCCGACAGCAGAAGGAAAUUCUGGAGAGACAGCGAAAAGCCUUCGAGCAGCAGGGGAAGGUGGAGGCUUUGCAGAGCAGACUGAAGGAGCCCUCCCUCAAACCAACCAAAAAAACAGACGGUCGGCCGCAGUCGGUCCUCAUCCUGCACCCCCAGAGCAGAGGGGAGCACAGCCCCACCACAGGUAUGAGCCCAACCUCAGCAGUAGACAUCAAAGGUCUGACUGUUGGGAGCAGGGGCAUCUCUCCAGCCCACAGUGCCCCCAAGGACAGACCUGUCAGCAUGUUCAUGGAGCGAAGAGAAGGGCAGGCGGGGGCGGUGCCAGAACCUCGGUACCAUUCCAGACCAGCUCUGGAUCCCAAGGACCUCCCAGGCAGCCACUUCUCGAAGGCAGAGUGGAUCCGGCAGCCCCGGGUGCCCAACCAGGCCAGCGAGGACACAAGGGCAGGAGCUAUGUUCUUCACACCUAAGGACAAUCCCUUCGGCCUUCACAGAGAAGCAAAUCACCAAUGCCUGCCCAAGGGGGAGCCAGCUAGGAAGCCAUUCAAGAUGCCAGGGUCUGGCAGAGGAGAGCAGGUGCCCAGACCGACCCAUAAAAAGAAAGCUCGCAUGGCGCGGACGCGCUCCGAUUUCUUGACUAGAGGAGGUUCUUGUGCUGAUGGGGAGGGGGACACGGAGGAAGAGGAUUACCAUGCCAAUUUUGAGUUCCUUCUCUCCUCUGACCAACCUCCUCAGCCCCAGGCCCUGCCUGCAGCCCGGCUGGGGCAGGCCUGUUACAGUGACUCCGAAAUGACGGUGCAGCGAUUUGCCCCUGGGGAAGGCCAAACCAAGCUGCACAAAACCAUGUCCCAGGGCGAGAUCGGGAAGCUGGCGGCCACGCAGAAGAGCCUGGCUCCAGAUGGGAGGCCUCAGCGAGCCAAGAUGAGGUUCUGGGUGAAAGGAAAGCAAGGGGAGAAGAAGACCUCCCGGGAGAAGCUGGCUACCCAGUCUGAGCUGCUGGAGCUGUAUGCUGAGCAAGAAGCCCCUGGCAGGGAGGUGAUUUCUGGCUUGCAGCUUGGCGAAGAGCUGGGUCCCCACCACCUGACGCCACCGCGGAGCCCGGAGCUGUCGGGCCUGUCCCGCCGGGAGUUCAAGGAGAACAAGGAACCCUCUCCCAAGGUCAAGCGCAAGCGCAGCGUCAAGAUCAGCAACGUGGCCCUGGAGCCUGUGCAGUGGCAGAACGACUCCCUGCAGAUCAUCACCAGCGCCAGCGACCUGAAGAGCAUGGAUGAGUUCCUCCUGAAGAAGAUGAAUGAGCUGGACAGUGAGGACAGCAAGAAGGACACGCUGGUAGAUGUGGUGUUCAAGAAGGCACUGAAGGAAUUCCGGCAGAACAUCUUCAGCUUUUACUCCUCGGCCUUGGCGAUGGACGAUGGGAAGAGCAUUCGCUAUAAGGACCUCUACGCCUUGUUCGAGCAGAUUCUGGAGAAGACCAUGAGGCUUGAGCAGAGGGACUGGAGUGAGUCUCCAGUUAAAGUCUGGGUCAACACCUUCAAAGUCUUCCUGGAUGAAUAUAUGAUAGAGUACAAACCCCUGGACUACACCGCACUGAAGGUGCCAAAAACAGAACGAAAAAAGAGGAGAAAAAAGGAAGCAGAUGUGGUGGAAGAGCACAACGGCCACAUCUUUAAGGCAACCCAGUACAGCAUCCCCACCUACUGUGAAUAUUGUUCCUCCCUCAUCUGGAUAAUGGACAGGGCUUCUGUUUGUAAAUUAUGUAAAUAUGCUUGUCACAAGAAGUGCUGUCUUAAAACCACAACCAAGUGCUCCAAAAAGUAUGACCCUGAGCUGUCGCCUCGGCAGUUCGGGGUGGAGCUGUCGCGGCUGACCAGCGAGGAGCGGGCAGUGCCGCUGCUAGUGGAGAAGCUGAUCAACUACAUCGAGAUGCAUGGGCUGUACACCGAGGGCAUCUACAGGAAGUCAGGCUCCACCAACAAGAUCAAGGAGCUGCGGCAAGGACUCGAUACGGACAUUGACAAUGUGAAUUUAGAUGACUACAACAUCCACGUCAUCGCCAGCGUCUUCAAGCAGUGGCUCCGAGAUCUGCCCAACCCCCUCAUGACCUUCGAGCUCUACGAGGAGUUUCUGCGGGCGAUGGGCCUGCAGGAGAGGAAGGAGACAGUGAGGGGAGUCUAUUCUGUCAUCGAUCAGCUCUCCCGCACCCACCUCAGCACCCUGGAGCGUCUCAUCUUCCACCUGGUGAGGAUUGCCCUCCAAGAGGAGACCAAUCGGAUGUCAGCCAAUGCCUUGGCCAUCGUCUUUGCCCCCUGCAUCCUGCGCUGCCCUGACACGACAGACCCACUGCAGAGCGUCCAGGACAUCAGCAAAACCACCACCUGUGUAGAGCUGAUCGUCAUCGAGCAGAUGAACAAGUACAAGGCUCGUCUGAAGGACAUCAGCAGCCUGGAGUUUGCAGAGAACAAAGCCAGGAGUCGCCUCUCCUUGAUCCGCCGAUCCAUGAAGCCUGUACUAAUUGCAGUUAGAUUUAUGAGCAUAACCCGCAGCUCAAUCCCGGGCAAAGGACGUGUGCGGCGCGGCGCUUACCCCAGCCCCACCUCUCCCAUGGCCGUGCGCCUGCCCUCAGUGACGGAUGUCCCCGAGGAGACCAUGAGCAGCGAGGACGCCGUGGAGAUGGAGGUGACGGAGCAGCAGCAAGUGGCCAUGCAGCAGGAGGAGAAGGUGCUGACUGAGCAGAUCGAAAGCCUGCAGAAGGAAAAGGAGGAGCUGACGUUUGAGAUGCUGACGCUGGAGCCCCGCGCCUCUGACGACGAAACCCUUGAGUCCGAAGCCUCCAUCGGCACUGCUGACAGCUCUGAGAAUCUGAACUUCGACUCCGAAGGAGCCAUGUCGGAUCGCUCAGAGAGAAGCGUAGCACUUUCCUCCCUGCGCCCCGCCAAGGCGGAGGGGCCCAGCCGCCUGCGAAGGCACCCCAGGCUGCGGCCCGACCCAGCGGACCCAGCUGAUGCCUCCAUCUCCUCUUCCACCUCCUCCCAGUCGUCCACCUCCUGCUUGCCCCACCUGCCUCGGAAGCGCUUCCAGAUGUACUCCAAGUCCCCUUUCUACCGAGCGGGGGGCUCCAGCGAACCCCCCGAAAGCCGCGCGAGCCCCGAGGGCUUCACAGGACCUCUGCGGUACCCUGAGGACCGGCCUCAGUUCACCACCCGCGGGACCUUCAACCCGGAGAAGGGCAAACAGAAACUGAAGAGCAUCAAAACUUCCCCCCCCAAAACCAAAGAGCCCCCAGAUGGGGGUACAGGGGGUGGACCCCACAAGAGGAACCCCGAGGCCGACUGCACCACCACCCAGCCCCUCGUCCUCCUGGGGAGCAAUGAGUUCAUGGUGUGAGGUG